AUGGUAAAAUCAUUUGUUUUAAUCAGUUUAUUGUUUUAUUGUUCCUUGAAUAGAUUUUGCAAUUACUAUCCAAUGGAUCCUUUAGCAUGUAUAAGUAAAACAGAAGGAAUAAUGUGUAAUUGUUUAAUCUAAGUUAUAGGUCAAUUUAAUUUAUUUGAAAAUGCUUGUGUGCCAGCUUAAAGUACUAACUUAGGAUGUAGUCCAUAAUUAAAUAAAAAAGCAUGUUUAAAUCAGAUUAGAAACAUAGAUGGAAAAGAGGCAAGAUGUAAAAAUUCAAUCUAUAAAUAGGUUAUUUUGGAACAAGAUGUGUUGAAGCGAAGGAACAUUAUUUAUAAAAUUUAGGAUGUUCAAGUUAAUUUAAUAGAAAUUCUUGUGCAAAUGUAAAGGGUAAAACAUGUUAUUGGGAUGGGGAUUAAUGUUAAGAAAUUAAUACUUAAUUUAUAAAGGCAGGAAAUUGUAAAUCAGCAUAUAAUGCACCAGUAACACCAAAUGCAUGUGCAUUGAUUGUUGGAAUUAAAUGUAUGAGUGGUUUAUUUGAAAAUGAUUAUGAAUGUUUAGAUAUAAAGGAUACAGAUUUGAAUACGCUUUCUUGUAAUACUAAAGGGUUGAAUCAAGAGACAUGUAUGUAAAUUGUAGGAUAGAAAUGUAAGUUUAUAAUUAUCAUAUUUUAGGUAUAUUUAAAGAUAAUUAAUGUGAUGUAAGUUCUUAAAUUAAUAGUUGUGAUGAUUUAAUUAAUAAGGACACAUGUUUAAGUAUUAUAUCUAUAAAUAUUGCAUGUAUUUGGAAACAGGAUAGGUGUUAAGCUAUACAAAUAGAUAAUAAAAAAAAAUGUGAAGACUAUGAAAAUGUAAGUCCAAGUGUAUGUGCAAACUAAGAUGGAUAUUGUUAAUUUAAAGAUGGAAAUUGUUAUGUCCCAUUAUCACAUGAUUAAAAAUGCAAUGAUUUAGGAUUAAGUAGAUUGAGUUGUUUAACCAUUAAAACUUAAAAUUGUACUUUUAUAAAUAGCAAAUGCGAAGAACUUAGUGACAUAUAGUUAACAUAAAUAUAAUGUUUUGAAUUAAAUGAAGAUGCAUGUGUUAAUGUAAAAACAUAAUUUUAAUUCUGUAAAUGGACUGGAAAGGAAUGUGUUUCAAUUUUUAUUAACCAAGAUGUUGAUUGUCCAAUUUAAGAUGAAAAUUAGAUAUUUAAAUUUAAUGGAAAUGUAUGUUAGGCUAUAUCAAAGCCAGGCAUUCGAUGCAAGUACAAUACUCAAACUCACCUAUGCAUUAAAACUAUUGAUAGUGACACUUGUACAACUCCAUAUUUGAAUUUAAAUGCUUGUGUAUCCAUCCUAUAAUAAGCAUGUUAAUGGACAAGUUCUGGAUGCAGAUAUGCUGAUAUAAUCUAAGAAUAAACAAAAUGCUUAGAUCUUGGCUUUGCAAAUUAAGUAGCAUGUUCUUAAAUAUUAAAAUCUGAUGAAAAUGGAUGUUAUUUUGAUGUUAAUGCUUAGCAGUGUAGAUUAGUUAAUGAUUAAUUAUUAAAUGAAAUAAAAUGUUCAGGAAUGGGAUUGAAUAGAAUAGGAUGUGCUCUAGUUCUAACAACUGGUCAAUUAUGUAGAUGGUAUAAUAAUUAAUGUUAGCAAAUCAAACAUAAGAAUGAUGUAUAAGCUAUAUAUUGUUUAUAAAUGUAAUAUGUAAAUCCAGCUACUUGUGCUUUAGUGGAAGCUGGCAAUGAAGUUUGUAGAUAUGAAAAAGUUGCUAAGGGAUGUGUUAAUAGUUUGAAUACUGAAACUAUGACAUGUACAUAUCCAGGAUUAAAUGCAUAUGCAUGUGCUCAAAUCUUAUUAAAAAGUUGUUAUUAUGAUAAAGAAUUAUGGCAAUGCAAAUAGAUAACAGUUAUAAGUGCCAAUACAAUCGUAAAAAAAUAGACAGAUAAAUUAUUAUUGAAUUCAGAUUGUGUCACAAGUUCACCCACUCCAGAUGUAUGUAGAUCAAUAACUAAACCAAGUUCUAAAUGUUCAUGGCGAUUUAGAGAAAAUAGAUGUUCUAAUUAAUUUGUUAUGUUUGAUGAAAGCUGUUUGGAUUAUAAUUCAGUAUAUACUGGUAAAAGCAUAUUGAUUAAUGCUAAUGUUUGUGCUUCAAUUGAAAUGGAAUAACCAGAUUAUGAUGCUUUAAAAGGUCCAUUAAUUGAUAAAAUGAAAGGAUAUUGUAUAUAUGAAGGAGGCAAUUGCACUAUUUUCAAAGGUAUUUGUGGAACUCCAUGUUGUAGUGAAUUUGUGGGUAUAAAUUCUCAUGUCUGUGGACGUUACUCUACUGGCUACUACUGUUAUUUUAGUAAUGAAUUAAAAUGCACAGAACUUACAAUGGAUGUUGUAGAUAUCAAUAUUGAGAAAUAAGUAAAGGAUUAUUACAAUACAUUAUAAUUAAAAUGUUCAUAUAUGAAUAAGAAUUCUUGCCACAUGAUUGAGUGGUCAACAUAACAAAGAUGCUAUUUCAAUGGAAAUCUAUGUGUUAAUAUUAAUUUUAAUACUUAUCCUAAUUUAUCCAUUUUUACUUUAGACACUGCCAUCCUUAAUAAAUAUGCUUGUUUUGCAAUAGAAGCUAUGAAAACUGAAACUAAUUCUGCAAUGUUUUUUGGUUACGAAGGAAAACAUUGUAAGAAGGAUCCUGAAAUUAAAGAUGUAACAGAUUGUGAAUCAACAGAAUUAAAUAGUAAUGCUUGUUAAAUGAAAUAUCCAGAAAUUUACUGUAGAUGGUCUAAAUCAGAAUUAAAAUGUAAGAGUGUAGAUUCUGAUUAUGUUGAGAAUUUAGAUUUUUGUGAUUAAAAUUUGAAUGAAUUUGCAUGUGUAAACAUAUAAUAUGCAAGUUGUUUCUUUUCUUAUUAGACACAUAAAUGUACAAUAGCACCAACUAUGGUAGAAUGUAAAUAUUUUGGAUCUUCAACUGGAACAGUUAGUAGAUUAGCAUGUAUGAAUAUUAAAUUAGAUGGUUAAAUAUGUGGAUAUGAUGAUAAAAAACAUGUAUGCAAAGAUGUUAGUACAGAAUCAGAUUCAUGUGAUUUGCCUGAUGGUAAUUCUAUAGCUUGUUAUGCUAAAACAAAAGGAGAAUGUAGAUGGGAUGAUAAGGAAAUGCUAUGCUAUGAAAAUGAUAAACCUUUUAAUCAAUUAGGAUGUGAAGAUAAUGUUAAUAUGAUUAUAUGUCUUAAAAUAACCACUUAACCAUGUGAAUGGGAUAUCCUUAAAAUGAAGUGUUUUAGAUUGAGAAGCAGCCAAUUUUCAUUAAUAUUACCUGUAAAUUUAUAUAAUGCUGAAGCUUGUGUUUAAGUCUUUGGAGCACCUUAUAGAUAUGAUCCAUCCACUUAUUUAUGCACUCCUAUUACUCCUGCUGAUAUUUAUAAAGAAUAAAAAGAUCCUGAAGAUCCUCUUGAACCUAAUAUCUUAUGUGAUGGUUCUAUGUUACUUAAUGUUGAUGCUUGUUUAUUUACUACCAUGCUUUAGUUGUGUUAUUUUGAUAAAUCUCAAAGCGCAGACAAAAGGUGUUAGGCUUUUACUGGAAUACAAACAUCUUGUGAUUCUCCUUAUCAAAUAAGUCUAUAAAUGUGUUCAGAAGUUCCUUAAUCAUGUUAUUUUGUUAAGGCUACCUAUGAAUGCAAAUAUAUUAAAAUGGAGGACUCCACCAAAUGUAGUGAUUUAAGAGAUAAAUCUGAUUCUUAUUUAUUUAAUAAAAUAGCUUGUUCUUCUAUUAAUUAUGAAUUUGCUGAAUAUGGUGGAGAAUUAUAAUGUUUUAAAUCCCCUGAUGGUAAAAGUGAUUAAUAAUUUCUGCAAUAAUGUAAUGUCGAAAAAUAUUGUAAGUGGGAUCAAUAAACUACUACAUGUUAACUUAUCUCUUUGAAAAGUUUAAUUUGGAAAGAAGAAGAAGAUCCUGAAAAAGGAUUAGUAACAUGGUGUGAAGAGGAUCUCACUAUUUUUGAAGAUGAUUGCUCAAAUAUUUAUAGUAAAGCAGCAUGUUUACAACUUUCAACUAUUUGUGCAUUUGAUAUUCAAAUGGGAGGCUGUUUUUAAAUUGAUGGAAAUGAAAAAUAUAUCUUAUCUUGUGAAGGUGUCAUAGGUGUUAAUUGUUUAAAGUCUAAAAAUCCAAAUGCACCUUGUAUCAUUGAUGAUGCUGCUAGUAUUAAAUUUCCCAAAAUUGAUACUUGUUUUGAUUAUUCUAAUAAUGAGGAAUAGGUUUGUAAAUAAACAGCUCCUUCUAAAUGUAAAGAUGCAGAAGCAUUAGGAAAUGUAAGUCCUGUUGUAUGUAGUAAAGUUAGUGAUAAUUGUUAUUAUGAUGGUAGUAAAUGUUCUUCAGAUACUAAAAAGAAAAAAUGUGAUGAAACAUUUAGUCAACUUUCUUGUCUAACAAAUGGAUGUGAUUUUACAUUAGGAUUUUGUUAAGAAAAGUUUUCGAAUCCAUCAUUUGAUAUAGCAUCUCCAUUUUAUCUUUUCUAAUGUUAAUAUGUUAGUAAGUUGAGUACUACAAGUUUAAAUAAAAGGUAAGUAUGUGUUUCAAUGGAUUUUCCUUGUGCAUUUUAAAAUGAAUCAUGUGUUCCUGCAGCUUAAGCCACUUGUUCAACUUUGAAUUAAUUAGCUGUAACUAAGUUGGCAUGCCUUUAUUGUAUUGGUGGUCCAUAUUCUUAUGAUACUACUACAAAUUUUUGCAAUAUACUAGUAACAUAAUAAUAAGGUUGUAAUAAUACAAAUAAAGAUGGUUGUUUCAUAAUGACAACAGGUAAGAAUUGUACAUGGAAAAAUGGUUAAUGUGUUGAAUAAAGUGAUUCAGAUGUAGAAAAGCUAAUAGAUUGUUCCUUAACUAAUUCAUUUGGUUGUCCAAAAGUUGCAAAUACUUGUUGGAAAUCUCCUUCAACAAAAUUUUGUUCUAUGGUAGAUGCAUAUUCAACUUGUAAAUUGAUAAAAUAAUAGAAUGGAAAUUAAAAGGCUUGUAUAAUUAGUAAUUUGUAAUCCUGUUAUUGGUAAAAUGGGGGAUGUGAAGAUUAUCCAUUAGAUAGUUUGGAUUGUUCUUAAGCAAAUAAAUUUGGAUGCUUAAAUUUAAGUUAAGUUGCUUGUGGAUGGUCAGAGGAAGAUUAAAAUUGUUAUUCUAUAAAAUUUAAAAAUGAAGUGACAAAAUGCACUGAAUUUUUUGAUUUAAAUAAGAAACUAAUAAAAUUUAAUUCAUAAUCUUGUUAAUAAAUUGAAGGUAUUCCUUGUUUUAGAGAUAGAACAUAAAAAUGUAAUGAAGUUGGACCAAAAGAUAAAAUAACUUGUGAUACAAUUGGAUUAAAUAAACUAGGUUGUUAUUUAAAAUCAACUGGUUAUUGUUAAUUUAUAGAUGGUAAAUGUUAAACAAUUCCUGAUAUUAGUAAAGUUAAUUGUGCAUCUCCUAUAAAUCUUGUAGCAUGUUUCAGUUUAUAAGAUACUUGUAAAUUUGUAAAUAAUGAAUGUUAAGUUUAUGAUGUUAGUUAAUUCACUACGAUAGCAUAGAUUACAAAAGUUGAAACUUUUCCAUAUUCUCCUUCUGUUUGCAAAGUUUAUACAGAAUUAGAAUCAAAAAAAUUAUUAUUAAUAUAUGAUGCUGUUAAAGGUUGUUGUGUGGAUGGUGAUUAAAAUAAACCUUUUAUUUACAGCUGUAAUGCACCAGGAUUGAAUGAAUUAACCUGCUUAAAAUAAACAAAACCAAUUUGUUAAUAUGUAAAUGAGGAAUGCAAAACUUUAACUAAUAGAAUGAUGAAUGAUUCAAAGAUUUGUGAUCCAACAUUCAAUUGGAAAGCUUGUGUAUCAUUAAAAUUAAAAUGUAAAUUUUAUGAGAACAAAUGCUAAUCAGUCAUUGACUCUGAAACUUGUGUCUCAUUAGCAGGUGUUAUGGCAUCUCCAUUGACAUGUUCUAGUAGAUCUAUUGAUUAAUAGGCUUGUAUAUUUGAUCCUAUUACAUAUAGUUGUAAAAUAUCUAUUAUUACAACCAUGUCUUGUACAUAAACUGGGUUGAAUAAAUUUGGAUGUACAAUGAACACUGAUGAAGAAUUUUGUAGAUACAAUGAUGUAACAAAUAUUUGUAUCUCUACUUAUGAAACAAAUUUGACUUGCCAACAUCUCACUAAUAGAAAUAAAUGUCUUUUUAUCAAAACUGCUAAAUAGUAUUGUAAAUUUAAUAAUGGAUGUACAGCUAUUGAUCCACUUGAAGUUAUUUCAUGUUAUAGUAUUACUACAACUAAUCCUAUGACAUGUACUGCUGCAGAAUCAGUUGCAUGUAAAUAUGACAGAGUUACCUAAAAGUGUGUUAUUGUUGAAUCAGAUAUGGAUGUGGAUGAGCCAUUAUCUAAUAUGGUAUCUUUCAAUAAAUUAGCAUGCAUGAAAUUUCAAACAGAUAAUAAAUAAGUUAUUUAUACAACUUUUGGAUGUAUGGAAGUAGAUCCAGAAGAUUUACCUAAUCUGACAUGUGAUUAACCAGUAAAUUAAUUUGCAUGUUCUUAAAUUACUAAUCCAACUUAAUAUUGUAUAUAUAAAGAUUAUAAAUGCUAAUUUAUUUUGCCUAAAGAAAUAACUGUUAGAUCUUGUGCUAAUAUAGGGUAUGUAAAUUAAUAAGAAUUUUGUGAGUAAGCUGAUGAUGUACCUUGCAAGUUUAAUUCAUUUACUAAAUAAUGUGAGGAGGUUUAUUUAGAUACAGAACCCAUAAUUUCUUGUAUAAGGGGAAUAAAUAGAUAGGCCUGUGAAUCAUUACCCUAAUGUCGAUUUGAUUAAUUUUGUUUAGAAAAUACUUUAAGUUGUGCAGGAAGUUCAGAUUGUACAAAUGUUAAAACAUAAGCUUGUACAUUAAUUAAUAAUGUUUGUUAAUUGACAACUAAUUUAGAUACGCUUAAUUGUAAUUAAGUAGUUAAUAAAUUUGGAUGCAUAUAUAUUACAACUCCACUUUAAUAUUGUAGAUUUUACAAUUAAAAAUGUUAAUUAGAAGAUAUAAAUGAAUUCAAAAAUGAAGAAUGUGAAAAUAUAUCUAACAUAAACUCAGCUUAUUUUUGUGAAUAACCAACCAAUAUUGCAUGUAGAUAUGAUUAAUUCCAAAAUAAAUGUGUUGAAUCUUUGCCAACAGAUAAUUUGGAUUGUACAAGAGGUUUAAAUGAAUAUGCUUGUCUUAAUUACACGAAACCAAGUCUAAGAUGUAGAUUUACAGAUUUUUGUUAUGGACCAACACAACCAAUGUUUGAAUGUGAUAAUACUAUAUUUGAUUGUUGCAAUAAAGCACCUGAUAUGAAUACUUGUUUAUUGUAAGAUAUAUUAGAAUGUCAAUGGGAUGGUACUAAAUGUUUAAAAUAUCCUAAUCCAAUAACAACAUGUAAUCUUUCAAACACUUCUAAACUCACAUGUGUAAAAUCUACAGAUAAAAACUGUGUAUUAGAUCUUUUAAUGAAGAAAUGUAUCUAAAUACUAGAACCUACAUCAUGUGAUUAAUUAUAAUCAGCAUUAUAAUGUUAAAUGGUACUCUAAUUACCAUGUGUUUGGAUGAAUCAAUAAUGUAAAUAUCAUGAGUCAACAGCUUAUGAAAAAUGUGCAGAUAUCUCUUCUGCUUUUGGAUCCAUAAGAGCUUGUCUCAACAUAGUAAGAUCUGGGUAAAUGUGUUAAUUUAAAGAUGGUUAAUGUUCUUCUUAUUUUCAUGAUACUGAUUAAUGUUUAGAUAACAUUAAUAAAGUAGCUUGUGUUAAUUAAGCUACUUCUAAAUGCUUUUGGAAAGUUGAACCUGUCUAAAUCAAAAAAAUAAAAACAUCCUAACCUAUAUCAGUCGAUUUCGGUACUUGUAUUCCAUUUGUAGAUGAUAAACUCAUUCUUUGUAAUGAGAAUCUAAGUUAUCUAUCUUGUUUAUCUAUUACGACUCUUAAAUAAUAUUGUAAAUGGCUCAAUAAUAAAUGUAUUUCUAUACCUGAAACUGAUUCUAUUAUUACACCUUAAACUCAUGCACUUGUAAAUAUAAACGCAUGUGCUCUUGUCACUACAGAACCUGUCUAUUAUGAUUCUAAAUAACACCUUUGUGUCAAAGUUUAACCUACUCAUUAAAUUGCUUGUUUACCACCUACUCCUGGAUUAAAUAUGAAAGCGUGUCUUACUAUCACCAACUAAAGAUGCAAAUGGAAUUUUGAUAAAUAGUAAUGCGAAUACUCUAAAUCUAAAAUAUACAGGCAUCUAUGA